UGCUCCCUUCGGUUCGGCGUUAGAGCACGGGACGGGAUUGCGAAACCCUCACGCCUCCGGAACCCCAGCGGCGCCCCCAAUUCCGGAAGCGAAUAACACACCGGGGGAAUUCCACCCCGAUCCGUACUCCAUUGUCGCUCGCGAUUGGCUCCAACCUUGCAGCUUCGUUCGUGUUGUCGGAGCUGGUUUGGCGGGAAGCCUCUCGCUCUCCUCGCGCUUCAGUUCGAGCAAUUAAUUGAGGGGGUUGGUUUGGUGUUCAUCUUGUAUUCUUGUACUGGGGAAGCCAGAAUUGCUGGGGUCUUUUUUUCUUUUCCUCCGAGGGGCUGGAGUUUUCUUGGAGCAAAUUACUCGUCUCCGACUCGCGGCAACCAAUCUGGACUCCUCCAGUUUCCUGUCUCUUGUUCGAUCGGUUUGCCUUCUGGUUUCCCCCAAAGUUGCGUAAUUUCCUUGCAAUUUGCUGAAAUUGUCCAUCUUUUCGGCUCGCGAAACAAAGCGCAAGCUGCUGAAGUUGUUAUCUGUGCCAGUUUGAGUGGUGAUUUUUGGGUGGUAAAAUCUUGAAAAGGUUCAACCUUUUUGGUGCCUAUGACGGUACUGGAGGAUUUGAUCCGGGCAAUAGAGCUCUGGCUGCGGAUUGCGAAGGAACAGGUGCCCUUGGUGGAUCCCACACUUGACCCGGUGCUACUUGUUCCUGGUAUUGCCGGCUCCAUUCUUGAAGCUGUUGAUGAGGCUGGAAACAAGGAAAGGGUGUGGGUGCGCAUCCUUGCUGCGGAGCAUGAGUUCCGAGACAAGCUCUGGUCCAAGUUUGAUGCCUCCACUGGUAAAACUGUUUCUGUGAACGAGAAAACAAGCAUUGUCGUCCCUGAGGAUAGAUAUGGAUUGUAUGCCAUUGACACAUUAGAUCCAGACAUGAUCAUUGGCGAUGACACUGUGUACUACUAUCAUGACAUGAUAGUGGAAAUGAUUAAAUGGGGAUAUCAAGAGGGAAAAACGCUCUUUGGAUUUGGUUAUGAUUUCCGCCAAAGUAACAGGCUUACAGAGACACUUGAUAGAUUUUCCAAAAAGCUGGAGUCGGUAUACACAGCUUCUGGGGGGAAAAAGAUCAAUCUCGUUACUCAUUCAAUGGGAGGAUUGCUUGUGAAAUGUUUCGUAUCUCUUCAUAGUGAUGUAUUUGGAAAAUAUGUUAAGAGUUGGAUUGCAAUUGCUGCACCAUUCCAAGGUGCCCCUGGGUACAUAAAUACUAGUCUGCUGAAUGGAAUAUCUUUCGUUGAAGGAUGGGAAUCAAUGUUCUUUAUUUCCAGGUGGUGUAUGCAGCAAUUGCUGCUUGAGUGUCCAUCAAUCUAUGAGUUGCUAGCGAACUCAAACUUCCACUGGAAAGACACACCGUUACUACAGAUCUGGAGAGAGAAGUUGGAUGACAAUGGCAAGAAAAAUGCCUUGUUAGAGUCAUAUGAGCCUGCUGAAGCAAUGAAGAUUAUUGAAAAGGCUCUUUCCAAGCAUGAGAUCAUCUCUGAUGGGAUGCACAUUCCCUUGCCCCUUAAUUUGGAUAUAUUGAACUGGGCAAAAGAGACUCAUGAUAUAUUAUGCAGUGCAAAGCUUCCAGAAUCAGUGAAGUUCUACAAUGUUUACGGGAUUGAUUAUGACACUCCACAUACUGUUUGCUAUGGGAGUGAACACCAUCCAGUUUCGAAUCUCAGUCACCUCUUACACGCUCAGGGAAAAUAUAUCUAUGUUGAUGGCGACGGAUCUGUUCCAGCAGAAUCAGCGAAGGCAGACGGACUCGAUGCAGUGGCAAGAGUUGGGGUUGCUGCUGAUCACCGUGGGAUUGUCUGCAAUCGCCAUGUGUUUCGAAUAGUUCAGCACUGGCUGCACGCAGGAGAACCUGACCCGUUCUACGAUCCCCUCAACGACUACGUGAUCCUCCCAACAGCUUUUGAGAUCGAGAAGCAUUGUGAGAAAUUCGGGGAUCUCACAUCAGUUAGGGAGGAUUGGGAGAUCAUCUCCCCCAGCGACGGCAAAACCAUGAGGCCAGCCGAACUUCCUGCUAUGGUCAGCAUGCUAUCCACAAGUCGUGAGGGCAAGGAGGGCGCUCUAGAAGAGGCGCAGGCUACCGUUGUCGUUCACCGAGAGAACAAAGGGCGGCAGCAUGUGGAAGUUAGGGCUGUUGGAGUCAGCCAUGGUGUGUAGGCAUAGUGAAGUAGCUAAACCUGUAGCACAUGCUGUAAAGUGGGUGUACAUAAGGCCUGUCUAGGUAAUACGUUUGCAGGACUGUAAAUGUACUGCUUGUAAAAUAAAUGUUCUGAACUGAAAAAUAAGCCGGUUGGAUAUGAACACAAAGAAUAAAAGAUCAUGAUCAAAAUUUGAUUGUGAAUCUUUCGCGGGAA